CAUGGACAGUCACUGGCACAGUAUUUGAACUUGUGGAAGGUAGAGUGGAUCAAGGCUGCAGUUUGCGUCUCUUCAAAUUCAUCAACGUUUUGAUGCUAAGACUUUAUCACAUUUCGAUGCAUAACUGAGGACCAUGAGGCUGAGCUGACAGAUGACUAACCAUGGAGCAGACGAUAGAGUUCUGGCUAAACAUCGUCAUUCCCAUCCUCAUGUCUGCGGGACUUAUCUCAACCCUUGUCAUACUCUGGAAGUACAACAUUGAAAUCUCUGUGGAGAAAAUUGACAACUUUCUUCAGCUGUUUAAACGGGAGGAGAAUGGCGAGAAACGUGAACUGAUAAAGACAGAAGAAUCUCUGACUUGGUCAGUGUCCUUCAACCAGGGAUCUGCAGGCCCUCGUACAACAUGUUCCUCAUCUACAGUGGAAUCUACAUCCAACAGCCAGAUGUAUGGGGCAAUACCUAAACACAUGGAUGCUAUACCUAAACACACUGGAGCAAUUCCUAAACAUAUUGGAACUAUGCCUAAACAUCUAGGGGCAAUACCUAAAAAUUUAGGGGGCAAUACCUAAACAUUUGGAGGGCAAUACCUAAACAUCUAUGGAGCAAUAGACACCCAUGAACAUGUGGGAACUAUAGCUAAACAUAUUUUAUUUAUUUGAUUGGUGUUUUAUGCAAUACUCAAGAAUAUUUCACUUAUACGACGGUGGCCAGCAUUAUGGUGGAAGGAAACUGGGCAGAGCCCAAGGAAAACGCAUGACCAUCUGCAGGUUGCUGACACACCACCUAAACAUAUGAGAAUUGUGCCUAAACAUUUAGGGGGCAUUAACUAAACAUCCAGAGGAUAAUACCUAUUCUUCUUUCGGGCAAUACCUAUAAACAUACGGGAGCUAUACCUAAACAGAUGGGACAAUACCUAAACAUCAAGGGUUCAAUGACUAAACUAAGCCUUAACUAUGAAUGCAAUCUACAAGACCUAUACCUAUGCAGUCAGAGGAUGCCAAAACACUAAAGAUACAUGUAGCACGCAAAUAUGCGUCAAGGAUAUAUACCUUAAUAGUCCAAAUCAUCAUUUCUGAAGUCUCAAUGAGUCUUGCGAGACCAGACGGGGGCUCUUGAAAACUAAUGCAUUUAAAAUGUUGGAUUUUAUGGUGUUUUGCUAAAUGUUAGAUUG